AUGCGUAGAUCAAAUCUUGUUUUCACUAUCGCUGCACUUUCAGGAUCUGCUUCUGCUUGGGUUAAGGAUAUUGAUAUUAAUAAUCCUCCUUAUAAAGCCGAUCCUGGUUCGUAUGGUUAUAAUCAAUGUGGAACAAAAGCUUCUCCUGAUAGUAAAUGCCAAAACAUGUAUUUGAGAUCUUCCGAAGACUUUUGUCUAUUUGGACCUCAUGAUCUUUCGGGUGUUUCUGAAACUGAGCGUGAGGCUGUUUCUUAUUGUACCAAAGACGGGCAUGGAACACGUCUUAUUCCUCCUGGUACAUUUGAGAGCGUACAUUUUGUGCACACACCCCACUAUGUCCAAAUCACUGGUCGUGGGAACUUCACGAAGAUUAAUGUAAAAGCAGGAGAUGACGGAGGUGAACUUGAUGCUGCUGGUUAUGACGCCAGAGGAAAUCCUAUCGGUGGAGUGGUCUUUGGACGAAACAAUCAAUUUGAACAUUGGACUGAGUUUUUACUUCCUGAUGAGUUUUGUGUUCGAGCUUGUUUCAAAGGUCCAGAUGAUUGGAGAUACUGUAACCACAUGUAUGAUAUCAUGGCUUGUCGAUGGAACAUUCCUGGAGACUAUUCACCAGGAUUUGAUGAUUGUGAAGGUGAAGAUGUACCACAUCCUAUGGGAGAAUACCUUCAACCUGAUGGUAAAAUUAAGGUCUGGAAACAAGGUGAUAUGCCUGCACCUCCACCAGGAGCACCUGGAAAGUUAAAGAGCUGUCGUCGAACUUCGUCCCCCGGUGCAUUGUACAAUGGUACUAGCGCAAACACGACCUCCCCUGCUCAGAACUCCACUGUUCCUCGACACAACACGACUAUGCCAGGUCAAAAUGGUACUAUGCCUCGACGGAACUGGACUACGCCCGGUCAAAACAAUAACGGCUCUAUCAAUGGUUCAUCAGGAUCUGAGGAUAACUAUCCUACUGGCUCUUCUGGUUACGAUCCUAAGUCAUCUCCGGACAACCGAACUUCUGAAUCUGGCGACUAUCCUACCAAUUCAUCAGGUUGGGCCACACCCGAUCAGAACAAGACUGGUGCUACUGGAUCUGAGGACAACUACCCUACUGGCUCCUCUGGUUACGAUCCCAAGUCUUCGUCCAACAACCAAACUCCAGAAUCUGGCGACUACCCCACCAACUCAUCAGGUUGGGCCACACCCGAUCAAAACAAGACUGGUGCUACUGGAUCUGAGGAAAACUACCCUACUGGCUCCUCUGGUUAUGACCCAAAAUCUUCUUCGAACAACCAAACUCCCGAAUCUGGCGACUACCCCACUAACUCAUCAGGUUGGGCCACACCCGAUCAAAACAAGACUGGUGCUACUGGAUCUGAGGAAAACUACCCUACUGGCUCCUCUGGUUAUGACCCAAAAUCUUCUUCGAACAACCAAACUCCCGAAUCUGGCGACUACCCCACUAACUCAUCAGGUUGGGCUACACCCAAUUCAAACAAGACUGGUGCUACUGGAUCUGAGGACAACUACCCUACUGGCUCCUCUGGUUAUGACCCAAAAUCUUCUUCGAACAACCAAACUCCCGAAUCUGGCGACUACCCCACUAACUCAUCAGGUUGGGCUACACCCAAUUCCAACAAGACUGGUGCUACCGGAUCUGAGGACAACUACCCAACUGGCUCUUCUGGUUACGAUCCCAAGUCUUCUUCGAACAACCAAACUCCAGAAUCUGGCGACUAUCCUACCAACUCAUCAGGCUGGGCUACACCCAAUUCAAACAAGACUGGUGCUACCGGAUCUGAUCCAAAGCCUUUACCGAACAACCAAACUUCAGAAUCUAGCGAUUACCCCACUACCUCAUCCGAUAGUGACCCAAACUCAGCUGAGAACCAAGUGAUAUCUGAAACCGGUGGUAACUCAAACUCAGAUAACUUUAAUACCACACCUGAUCAAAACAAAACUGGUGCUACUGGAUCUGAGGAUAACUAUCCUACUGGCUCUUCUGGUUAUGAUCCAAAGUCUUCUUCGAACAAGGACAACCAAACUCCUGAAUCUGGCGACUACCCGACUAACUCAUCGGGUUGGGCUACACCCAAUUCAAACAAGACUGGUGCUACCGGAUCCGAGGACAACUACCCUACUGGUUCCUCCGGUUACGAUCCUAAGUCAUCUCCGGACAACCACACUUCCGAAUCUGGCGACUACCCCACGAACUCAUCAGGUUGGGCCACACCUGAUCAAAACAAGACUAGUGCUACUGGAUCUGGCGAAAACUACCCAACUGGUUCAUCUGGCUCUGAUCCCAAGUCUUCACCGGAAAAGCAAACACCCGAAUCUGGCGACUACCCCACCACGUCAUCCGAUACCGAUCCAAACUCAGCUGAGAACCAAGUGAUGUCUUCAACGGGUGAUACCUCUAAUCCAGAUAACUUUAAUAUGGGAUCGAUUUCGAAAGAUAUGAAAGAUGGAAUGCAAAAGAUGGUAGAAGAUUUUAAUCAAGAAGUCACUUAUCCUGGUAUGGAUCAAUCACUUAUGCCUUCUGAUGGAAACUCAGAUCGUCAUGAUCAUGAGAAAUCAGUGACUCGAACUUGGUCUACUCAAAGUUCUUCGACUAAUUUAUUGACUAACCCUUCUGAUUCUACUGAUCCUAAUGCGAUUACUAGUCCUACUCAACAGUAUGGUAAAUCUCAAGAUGGUAAAGCUGAGGAUGGUAAACCUGUAGAUGGUAAACCUGUAGAUGGUAAAUCUCAGGAUGAAAGCAAAGAUGGUAAAUCUGUAGAUGGUAAAUCUCAGGAUGAAAGUAAAGAUGAUGAAGAAGAAGGUGAAUGUUAUCCUAGCGAGGAAUAA